GACCAAACCAUCUUAAGUUUAAUUUAUAAGGUCCCUGUAAACUAUAUAACGUAAAGAUGACGACGGUAGUGGAAAUGGAUGUGCCUAUGGACUGUCCUGGCUGCGAGAAAAAAGUUAGGAAAGCUCUUGAAAACAUUAAGGGAGUCCACGAUGUUCAGAUAGACAUGAAACAGCAGAAAGUAACGGUGACGGGUUCCGCAAAGCAGAAGAAGGUUCUGAAAGUUGCAAGGAGUAUUACAGCGAGGGAGGUAUGCCUAUGGUCGUACCCUUACCACCCCGAAUCUAAUGGAUUUCACGACAGGUACUUCGUGAAGAAGUUCCGUAAAAGAAGCAAGACGUCGGAGAAUGGUGAGAAAGUGAGUUCCUACAACUACUACAAGCACGGAUGCCACGGACACGACCACGGAUACCGUCAGGAACGGCCUUGUUCGAGUUUUAUCGACGAUAACGCUAGUUCUAUGUUUAGUGAGGAAAACCCUCAUUUCUGCGCCAUCAUGUGA